UCUUCUUGUACCCCCUGCUCCGGAGAGGCAGCCAGUCUGCUCCGACCAUGCUCGCAGGGAAGUGCUUGGGAUUUCUUUAUUCCGGACUGUGUCUCUGGGCAUCCUUCUUCCUGUCGUUCUUUAAAGUCUCUCAGCAAGGUGAAAGCCAAAGACGCUUGUACAGAGAUCUGCUGAGAAACUACAACCGUCUCGAGCGGCCGGUAUUGAAUGACUCCCAGCCCCUUGUAGUGGAGCUUCAGCUUUCCUUGCUGCAGAUAAUUGACGUGGAUGAGAAGAACCAGGUGUUGAUCACAAACGCUUGGCUGCAAAUGUACUGGGUGGAUGUUUACCUGUCUUGGGAUCAGUAUGAAUACCCAGGGGUGCAGAACUUGCGAUUUCCAGCUGAUCAGAUUUGGGUGCCAGACAUUCUUCUGUAUAACAGUGCUGAUGAAAGAUUUGAUGCGACGUUUCACACAAAUGUGCUGGUGAAUUACUCUGGAUCUUGUCAAUAUAUUCCUCCAGGCAUUUUGAAGAGCACAUGUUACAUCGAUGUUCGCUGGUUCCCUUUUGAUGUGCAGAAGUGUGAUUUGAAGUUCGGCUCCUGGACCCACAGUGGCUGGCUACUUGAUCUGCAGAUGCUUGAGGCUGAUAUUUCUAACUACAUCUCAAAUGGAGAAUGGGAUUUAGUGGCUGUGCCAGGAAAGAGGAAUGAGAUGUAUUAUGAAUGCUGUAAGGAGCCAUAUCCAGAUGUGACAUACACUGUCACCAUGCGCCGACGCACACUCUACUAUGGCUUGAACCUGCUGAUUCCCUGCGUUCUUAUCUCUGCCUUGGCAUUGCUCGUCUUCCUCUUGCCAGCUGAUUCAGGAGAGAAGAUUUCUCUAGGUAUCACUGUCCUGCUCUCCCUGACCGUGUUCAUGCUGCUUGUGGCUGAGAUCAUGCCUGCAACUUCUGACUCUGUCCCACUGAUAGCUCAAUAUUUCGCAAGCAUUAUGGUCAUCGUUGGUCUGUCUGUGGUGGUAACAGUGCUGGUUUUACAGUUUCAUCAUCAUGACCCUCAAGCAGGAAAGAUGCCCAGAUGGGUCCGCGUCAUCCUCCUCAACUGGUGCGCCUGGUUUCUGCGGAUGAAGAAGCCUGGGGAAAGCAUAAAGCCGCUCUCCUGCAAGUACGGCUACGGCAAGCACCCCGCGAGCGCGCACAGCGCUGAGGUGCACCUCCUGCCCGGGCAGCAGUCGAGCAACGGCAGCGUGCUCUGCAGCUGCCCAAGCCCCCGGGGCCGCGACGCGGGCCGGGCCCUGCCGGAGGACACCCGCUUUGUGGCCAAGAGGGAUGUCGCGGACGCCCUGCCGGUGAUGCUGAAGAUCCUCGAGGAGGUGCAGUUCAUCGCCACGCGCUUCAGGAAGCAGGACGAGGGCGAGGAAAUCUGCAGCGAGUGGAAGUUCGCGGCGGCCGUGAUAGACCGGCUCUGCCUGGUUGCGUUCACCCUCUUCGCCAUCAUCUGCACGUUUACGAUACUCAUGUCGGCCCCGAAUUUUAUAGAGGCCGUUUCAAAGGAUUUCGCGUGA